AGUGGUUUUGCAGGUCUUUUUGCUUGACAACCUCGACCUUGGCAUUUUCAAUAAGUCACACAGUGUGCUCCCUAGGAUAUCAGAAUUUCAUCCCGAGUCCUUCCAUCGAAUGCUUGCCAUGGCUGCUGACCCGGUUAAAGGAACUACCUCCUACGCGCAUGCCAAUCUGAGAGACGCUUCGACAGUAUGGUACACACGCCACAAGUUUCCGCCAUCAGCUCCGCCGUUUGCAACGACCAACAAGCUUACUAGGCGUUCCAGCAUGCCGAUGGCAGGACACCCCCCAAACACAACUCCUGUAAUGCAUGGGCAAACCGAGGUUUUAACACCUACCGGUCCCGCUCCCGGGCCACUUCAUUUUGCAAAGUAUCUACGGGACAAGUAUCCUCAUCUAGUAGCUGACGAGAUCACGAUGAUUUUAAAACAGCACAACGCGAGAGGCAUUAUGCAUUUGACCCAAGCCACCAACAAAAUCCAGCAGGCCCUAUUGGAAGCAAAGAAUGGGCUUCAAAUGGACUUCUACACGUUCUCAGACAAAGUAAUAAAAUCAGUCACAAAUCGUUGUGUGUGCUGUCGCGCUCGGGGUUUCACUGAGUGUCCAGAUCAGCCCUCCCUGCCACCUCCAAGUCUGUACGCUUUAGGACGCCUGUAGCAGGAAAAAUACAGGGACAAAGACCUGAGCUAUCUGAUUGCGAAGCUACGUCGCCUCUGCCACCAGCCGGUAUGCGCAAGCGCGCCAUGGAUGCGCAGGAUUCUACAUCAAAUAGCAAGAAAUCCUCCUCGCGAGCAUCUUCCAAUGCGCUCAAUUACUUCAAGUCCACUUUAAUGUCCAUCGCUCAAAUGUACGCAGACCUUCCAGUCAACACUCCAUUUACUGUCUUUGGACAGUGCUGCACCAAUCUACACAAGCGGAAAUACAUAUUCCAGCAUGGAUUUGCAACCGAUCCAUGGGUGAAUGGUGUUGUGCCACAUCCGCCACACAUGCCAACAACCGACCUUAUUGUUGCCCACUUCACACAGCUGCCAACGCAAGACCUACAGAGUCCACGACUGAUCUGCGUUACCGGUAUGGCGUUGCGCGAGCAGCUUGUCGGGAUGCAGCACCUUCACCACGAGCUUGUUUCUAUAAUCAUGAGGAGGUAUUCCCAGUUCGACUAGGAAGCGAAUUCAAAGUGUCCAUACAUGAACUGGAGGCACAAUAUGGAACCUGAAUUUGCGACCAUUGUCCUUGCGGACCAUGAAUAUUUGACGAACAUCUCGAUCCAGAAGCAGCUGGUUGGCAACGAGAUCCCAUAUGACAUAACCUCUUGCCAGAUGUUCUUCUUGCCAAUACCAUCAGAGGAUGGAUGGAUAAUACUGAUGUGGGACAUGUUGUCAAGGAAGCUCCACGUGCUUGACCCUCUCACCAGAGGAGGAGGUCCGAGCGACGCAACAAAAGACAAGCACGAACUCAUAGCUUGGAAGCUUCAUCACGCUCUUUUCCAAUGCUUGAACGAGUACUACGCUGGCUGGCCCACGCAAGACGGCCAGUGGGCGACCAAAUACCCCGUUGUAGCUGAGGACAAUUUCGAUACACAAGAAACUGGCGCGUGCGUGCUCCACAUCGCCCGACACUACGACGGCCAGAAGCUGAAGAUCCCUCUAACCAAGACUGCAAUGGCAGGUCUACAACAAGGGAACACGACUAUGGAAAUCAUGGCCAAUCACUAUGCUGAAGGAACUUUCCCCACCAACAAACGACAUCCUCAUUAUCAGGAUCCCACCAGGCUCGCCCACCACCCCAUGCCACACAUCAUCUAAUGGGUUGAACUCAUCAUAAGACUUGGUCUGCACACGUGAAGCAACAAAAUUUUUAUGUGUUAGUUCACAUUUUCCAUGGACAGAAAUUACGUUAAUUUUUUACCUGGUCUUACACUAAAAACAGAGGGGUAUUCCCUUGUGAGAUAUAUCAGCCUCCUGCAUAUCUCCCCGGUGUAAACGCUGAUGUGGGGGACAGUGUGCGGCUCCACAUUAUCUGCACCGAAGUUCAUCCAGUCGAAGAACCACGGCUGCAAGUGUUCAAUCAAGAAAACAAGGAAGUGGACGAACGUGUCAGAGAUUCAGUUUUCUUUUUCAUUUUCACUUUGAUGAUGCAAUGCAUACAUGUUGUAAAUUACUAUCUCGAGCGCACUUACAAUGAGUGCCAAAUGGCUACCGCCAACAAUCAGAGUUCUCACCCCA